AUGCAGCAAAAUCUAGCCAACCGGGCGGCUCAGGUGCUGGCGAACUGGGGACGCAACAACAGAGACAACGACACCCUUCAAAAAGACGGCGCAGACGGAGAUCACGAAAGCAUCGCCGAAGGCCUCAGACGAAGGACGCUGCGUCGACCAAUCAGACGCCAGCGACAGGUCGCCAUGCCAAGUGCUGUGGCAAUAGCAAAGUCCUUCCUGGUGCAUUAG